AUGGGUCGCAAAAAUGGCAGCUUUGACUUUGAGGCCGCCCCGACCGCCGCCCCACCCUCUGGUGGGGCGGGAGACACGGUGGAUGCCCACUCUGGCCACUUCAUGGGCCGACGCCAAGGCAGUGCCAACUUGAAUGCAGCGCUGGAGGACAAAGCUUCUCCGCACGCCGCCGGUACAGUCGCAGAGUCGAGCCAGCCGCGCACGGCCAUUGCUGGUCGCAAGGGUAUAUAUGGUGGCAUCUUCAAAAGUGCUGCUCAAAUGGAGCGCGAUCGCCAGCGUGAUGCCCGUGAACAGCACCCAGAUAGUGGGCAUGUUUCCGUCGCCGUUGCUGCACACAAUGGAGCCAAUCCAAAGCGCCCAAUGCCUGGCGCUCUGUCGGACAAGGAACGCGACCAGCGUUUCGUCGCGCUCGCCAUUGUCGGUCGCCGUCAUUUACGCCGGCGACAGUUUCACCAAGCCAUCCCCUAUUUUCGGGCGGCCCUCCAAUAUGCCCGAACCGUUGAUGCCCGUCGUCGUCUUCCCUGCUACCGCUACCUGGGCAAAUGCUACGUGGCCGUGCGCCAGUUUCCCAAUGCCAUCAAGGCACACGAACGCGAGCUCGCCUUGGCGCAGGAGGUGGAGGAUGCCGCGCUGACUGCCCGUGGCUAUGGCAAUAUCGGCCAUGCCUUUCGCGCCAACCGUCAGUUCAACGAUGCCAUCACUCGCUUUGAGAAGCAGCUAGCUCUCAGUGAAAUGAUUCAUGAUCGCCCUGGUCGUGUCGCUGCAACCGAAAACCUGGCGCGCAGCUACCAAGAGGUCGCUGCUGCGUGGUUGGCCAAGGGCAACAAAAAGCUUGCCCAGCUCCUAUCCGAUGUGCCUCACCCAUCUUUCCUUCCAAACUCGUCUCAGGACUACUUUGCCAAGGCCAUCAACUACUACCGGGUGUGCCUGCGCCUUUGCUCGCACAGGCGCCAUCGAAACAUUGUCAUGCAAGGGCGUGCUUACGGUGGUCUUGGUGUCGUCUACGAGCAACUCGAUGAGUACACCAAAGCUAUCCAGGCCUACCAGCACCGUCUCAAGCUGGCAGAAAAAUGCAAUGAUCGCGCUGCCGAGGGGCGCGCCUGGUGCAACAUGGGCAAUGCCUAUCACGCCCUUCACCAGGACGAUCGCGCUAUUGAAUGUUACCUCACUGACCUGCGCAUCGCCGAGGACCUGGGCGAUGCUAUGAGCCAAGCCAUUACCUGCAGUAAUCUGGGGCACUUGCACAAGACACUGGGCCACAUUGAGGAAACGGUGGCAUAUUUUGAGCGCCACAUUGCCAUCGUGUCCUCCUUGAACAACCGCGAAGGUCUCGUGUACGGCCUGCUCAAUCAGGGCAAGGUCCUCGAGACCAUUGGUCGCUUCGAUGACGCCGUUGCCGUUUUCAAGCAACUUGCCAACUUGGCCGAGGACAUGCAGCAGGAUGAGGUCAUGAGCACGGCACUGGCGGCCAUUGGUCGCGUGCAGAAGAAGCAGUCGCAGGGCGUUCACAUUUCGCCUCGCGACGCAGUCAUGGCUCUCAUGGUCGAUGCCGAGGGCGAAACCUUCCAUCCACUGGCCAAGCGGUAUGCAAAGCGUAUCUGUGUCUCUGACUUUUCCUUGCGCCAGGCACCCGUCGGCUUGCGUGGCCGUUCCAACAGCAUUGCGCAGCAGACACACCAGCUGGAGCUGCUGGCUAGCUACGAAGAUGAUACAAACUCGGCUGCCAAGGCCAAAGCGACAACGCUCGGCGAAACAAAUGUCGAUGCGCCCGGCCAAGCCUCACCGUCGCCCACCAGCGCACCCAGCGCUCGACCAGGCCCCUUUGCUCGCAGCCCCAAAGACGGCGCAGCAGCUCGCCCCAGCCCCUUUGCACGCGGCAGUCCCAGGCCGCUUUCAGCCAGCGACGAAGCCCCCGCGCGACCAGGCCCUUUUGGGCGCAAACCAGAGGCAGCUGCAGACGCGACCAGUCGGCCGGCCCCCUUUGGUCGGGGCAGCACGUCCUCCGAAGCCUCGCGCCCGGAAAGCGUCGUCGUGGACAUUGAUGCUGAUAGUCCCUCCUCUGGCGCGGCAGAUCUGGUUCCUACCGCCGCCCUUGGCGCUUCAGCCGAGUCUGCCGACGUUGAUCUUGAGUCCCCUGUUCGACGCCGCUCCCAAACAUCUGGCCUCAAUUUGGCCGCCCGUUUGCGUCGUCGUGUUUCCAAUCUUUUUGUUCGCCGUGAUGGGGCAGACUUGUUUGUGCCCACUGAAGCUCGUGGAGGCGUUGGUGAUGACGACCAAUUUGGCUUUGAUGUUGGCAAUGACGAUGAGUUUGGUUUUGUUGAAGCACCGAUUGACUUGAAUGCGCUCCAACUCAUGCUGGCCAGCCUUCCCAAAAAAUCCGAGGGACAGGCGCGCUCAGCCGUGGAUGAGACGGACUUGGAUGCAAUUGACGACUUCCAAGUCAACGAAUCGCUUGACGAGCAGGAUAUUUCCGCCCAGGGAUUUGAAGAAACGGCGCGCAGCGCCCCUUUCAGCGGAUCACAGCCCGAUGACGAUGCCUUUGAUCACUAUGACGGUGCCCAUGAGGACGACGAGGACCACGUGAUGCGUGGCCAGCGACUAUUGGAUGCAAUUGCCCAACUUGAUGAUAGCUUUGGUGGCAGCAGCACUCGUGCUUCUUCCGAGCAGAGCACCCGGCAACAGCGGGUAGACAACAGGGUCUCAGAACUGUUUGAUGGCUUUGGAGACGAGGAGGCCUGCUAA